AUGGAAGACAAAAGAAUUUGGGCUUUGACUGAAUCUGGGAAUUUCUCAAUUUCAUCAGCUUGGGACAAGGUGAGAGUGAAAAGGGCGGUUGCAAUUCAGGUAUUCUCUGUGGCUGAUCUGCUUGUUUCCAAAAAUUUAAUGGUGGUGGUAGCUAGAUCCCCUACAUCAAUAAUUUUGGAAAUUACUUGGAAAUAUCCAGACUUGGGAUGUUUUAAAUUAAACAAAGAUUGUUGUUCUCUUGGCAAUCUUGGUCGCACUGGAGCAGGUGGAAUUAUAAGAAAUGAUAGGGGUCUUCCACUAGGUUGUUUUGGGAAGUUUGAAGGAAUUGGUACAAUUUUUUUUGCAGAAUUUGCUACUCUCUUUGUGGGGUUGCAAAUGGCUCAGGAUAAUGGAAUUGAUAGUUUAUUGAUUGAAUGUGACUCACUGGCCAUU